AUGCCCUUCGGUCCCUUCACCCUCCAAUGGCGAACCCCAACUCGGAAUCCCCCCUCCCCAACACCCCUUCCAGACGGCCUAACCCGCACCUACAUUCGCACCCCCUCGGGCCCCCUCGAACUCAUCUCCGCACUCCCCCAAUCCUCCUCCUCCUCCUCCUCCUCCUCCUCCUCCUCCUCCACCACCCCACCAACCUCCAAACCCCCUCUCUUCUUCGCCCACGGCGGCUUCGGUUGCGCCUCGGUGUGGAUCCCCUACAUGCAAUUCUUCAGCGCGCAGGGCUACCCGUGCUAUGCGGUGAGUUACCGGGGCCAUGGUGGGAGUUGGUACCCGGGGUUCUGGGCUCUGUAUUUUACGAGUCGCGGCAGGAUGGCGGAGGAUCUUGUUGCGGGGGUUGAGGCGGUGGAGGAGAUGGAGGGGAGGAGGAGGGUGGGAGGGCAGGAGCGGGUGAGGGUGGUGUUGGUCGCGCAUUCAGCGGGGGGAGCGUUGAGUCAGUGGGUGCUGGGGAAGGGGUUGAUUAAGGUGCAGGGGUUUUGUAUGUUUGCUGCUGUGCCGGGGUUUGGGUCGUGGUCGUGCUAUGCGUUCUGGGCCAGUUCAGCACCGCUGAAUUUUGUCUACCGCUGCUUCCAUUCUAGGUAUCUACUUGCAACCACGAAGCAAGUCAAGGAUCCGUUUUUUACGGCAUCGACACCUUGGCCGGUUGUACAGGCUUUGGAGCGCCUGCUCAGCCCAUACGAGUCUAUGCUCUGGCCCAUGCAAGCGCUUUUCCCAAUCGUCACAGGCCCGGAUGUCAUCCAAUCUAUCGUUGGGUGGAAGCCAAAACAGCCAGCGAAAUCAGGUACGGGUAAGAAAACCGGUGUUGUAUCGAGACUUUUCGUUCUUGCGGCCGAGUUCGAUGUUCUCUGUACACCGUCUGUUCUGCUUGAUGCCGCAAAACGCUACCGUACAGCAUUCCUCGAUUGCGUAAGACUGAAGAAAUUGGAUGGCGUGUCUGAGGAUUCUAUUGACACCGCAAUUGACGAGAGUGCAGACUGCAAUGGUGUGAAGUUUGAAAUCGUGAAAGGAGUGGCGCACCAUUUGCAAAACCAUGUGGACUGGGAAAAGGGUGCCGAAGCAUUGCUUGACUGGGUCAGAGAUCUCGACUGA